AUGGCAAGCAAUGAUCUUCUCCUAAGCUUUCCUAAUGAUAUUGUCCACAACAUUAUGGAAAAGCUACCUCUAAAAUCAAUUGUUCGAUCCAAACUUUUCAACAAAGAAUGGCAAAACUGCAUCAGAAACUCUGAUUUCGUACAACAUCAUCUGAAACACUCCCUCAAAAACUCUGAAAAUAAUGCUUUACUCUUCUUUAAGUCUGGAACUUCCCUCUACUUUGUCGAUGAUCUUAGCAUAUCACCCCCUCGUCCUAUCAACCUUCCUAUACCUUCGACAUCUCAGUACAUCUCGAUCGUAGGCUCGUGCAACGGCGUAAUAUGUAUCGAAGUAGGCUCGUUUUCGAAGUCAUAUAUAUUGAUCAACCCAACCAAUCCGACUGUUUUCGAAACCAUUGAUUUUUCACUGUCUCAUAUAUUCUGCAAUGUUAAGCUGAAGCAUAAUCCCAACUUCUUUGUCACUAUAGUAUCAGGAUUCGGUUAUGAUGACAAGAACGACGAUUACAAGAUUGUGUAUAUUUGGUCAUGGAAAAAUGACAAAAAUUCUGUUAAGAUUCGAGGAAUGAUUUAUUGCUUAAAGUUAGGAAAGUGGAAAACAUUACACCCUCCAAAUGUAGGAACAAGUUGGAAUUAUUGUGGCAUUGUAAACAAUUGCUUACAUUUUGUCACGGAGAGUAACAACGUAAUUAUUAGCUUUGAUCUCCAUGAAGAAAAAUGGGGUGAGGUGAAUUUUCCUGAUAUAAAAGCAAAAUACGAGGUCAAAGAAGUAUCUAUUUUCGAGGGAUGUCUAAGUGUUCUGAUAAAGACUUGGAUAUAUCAUGAAUUAUGGGUCAUGAAACAAUAUGGUAUUACAAAAUCAUGGACAAGAUUAUUAAUUUUACCUAUUCCAGAAACUUGUCGUGUUCUAUUUUAUUCUACAAGGGUACAAAAAUAUUUGUUAUCAGUAAAUUGUAGAAGACUAGUUUGGUAUAAUGAGGUAGAUGAGUCUAUAGAGGAGGUUAAGAUUGAUGGCAAACUCGACAUUGAUGAUUUCAGAAUGGUUAUUGGAAGCCUUGUUCCGAUUCAAUUCAAGAUGUUAGAUCACCAUUUGAGUAGAGAAAGGAAAGGUCUUUUUGGAGGACAAGAUGAUGGCGAUACUGGCGAGUGUAGAGAAGGAAGUAAACAAAGAAGAUCGAAGAAGUGCAGAACAAAAACACAAUAUGCACGAGUUAUUUUCAGAAAGGAACUUUAA